AGAAGAAAAAUCGUCUGUACUGUUUCUGCGUCAGACCAGUGCACCUUCAACAUUUUGUACACGUUCUGUCAAAUCCAGUUGACAACGACUUUCUUAUGUUUAUAAUACCAUUGUGUCCAUAAUGUCAUACUGGUUAUAAUAUUUCUUUUUGGUAUUGCCUGAAGGAAAAAUAUAUGCACACCCCUUUCUAUGCAUGUAUAUUUCAGACAAAACCAAGUCUACACAUGAGAUUCAAAAUUGACACGGGUCAAAGCUGUCAUGACCGAAGAAGCCUUUGACGUGAUAGUGGUUGGUUCUUGCAUGACUGACUUGGUCAGCCAAUCAGCAAGGCUCCCAAAAGAAGGGGAAACCAUCCAUGGUCACAACUUCUUCAUCGGCUUUGGAGGAAAAGGGGCCAACCAGUGCAUACAAGCUGCAAGACUAGGGGCCAAAACCGCAAUGGUCGCCAAGGUUGGUAACGACUCCUUUGGAGACAGUUAUACCCAGAAUUUCAAGGACAAUGGCGUGUACACAGGCUUUGUUGGACGGACCUCUGAAGCAGCCACCGGCGUUGCCUCCAUCAUUGUCAACGAUGCAGGUGAGAAUGCCAUUGUGAUUGUGGCUGGUGCCAACAUGAAGCUGAACAAGGAGGAGCUUCAGGAUGCUCUUCCAGUCAUCAGUUCUGCAAAAGUACUGAUUUGCCAGCUUGAGAUUUCCCCCCAAAUGUCUUUACGGGCAUUACGCAUGGCUCAAGAGAAUAAAGUUACGACAAUAUUCAACCCGGCGCCAGCUAUCCCUGACUUGGAUCCUGAUUUCUAUCGACUCUCUGAUGUCUUUUGCUGCAAUGAGUCUGAGGCUGAGCUACUGACAGGUUCAUCAGUAAAUAACGUGGAGGAGGCACGUUGUGCCACCCGGGAGCUGCUGAGGCGAGGAUGCGGCGCAGUUAUUAUCACCUUGGGAGCCCAGGGAUGUGUGGUGCUGGAGGCGCCCGAGUCGACCUCCAAACAUGUUCCAACUUCGCCUGUCUCUGCAGUGGACACCACAGGUGCUGGAGACAGCUUCAUUGGAGCGCUGGCAUAUUACGUGGCUCAUUAUCCCGCAAUGCGAUUGGAGGAGGUGGCGCGGAGAGCGGGUCAAGUGGCAGCAGUGAGCGUGCAGUCCAUGGGCACGCAGUCUUCAUACCCACACAAACGGGACUUAGGGGCUGAGCUCUUCUGAGAGCAGCUAAAUCUUUUCCCAUGGGUCUCACUGGACACAUGAACUUGCCAUUUUUUUUAAUUGAUGUGAUGCUUUCAAGCAAUCCAAACAACCAAAGACUAUGUUGACUUAAUUAAAUGUACCACGAAGCAAGCUGAAAUGACGCACACAAAGCAUUUAUUCAUUGAAAAGUACAUGGGAUAGCACUUGAUGGUCAUUUUGUGACAGACACAACUGAAAAGUUGCGGUUGAUGUGAUGACAAAUGACAAAACAUGAAGGACUUGGUCAUAAGAGGCAUAUUGUACCAAAGUAGAAUCAUAGCUGGGAGCUUCUGUCGUCGUAGGCUUGGUGCAAGUGGGGACCAGACAUUGACUUCAACAGUAUCUGCAGCUUGAUGUUUUCUUUUGGAAUCCAGCAGGCAAAUGUUCUCUUUUAAACGCUGCAGGUUUAUUGUCCAUGUGGUGAGGUGUGUUUAAAUGGAUCUGAUCUUCCUCUUCUCAAAGAAGAGGACAUGCUUGUUCACUGCAACAAAAGAGAACAAAAUAAUUUGAGAAAAUAAGCAUCACCUUUGACAUUACCAUCGAUAGCAAAAAAUAUUUUAUUUGUUUUUCUAGUGCACAAGGGUACUUCUAUUUAGAUUUUUUUUUCUUUUGGACCUGGCCUUUUAAACAGGCCACAGAGACGCUGCAUAGGAGUUCAGAGAAAAUGAAUCGAUGAUCAAGCAAUGUUGAAAGAAGCAGCGUGGAGAGUAGCCGUGCUGCUGUUGUAAACCCCCCACCCCCGCGAAAAAAUAAACUUGAGUGGCCAACCCAGUGUUCAAUAAACGUGGUAAUUCUAA